CCAACUCUUCGCGAGCAUACUCAUCAUCUUCCAGAUCAUCUGGAUAGCGGAAUGCGCGCCGAAGUCUUGCAGACGCCAUCGUUUCUCAGAGUCCAGAAGGACUCAGUUCUGGGCGGGAGACUCGAGACACUUUCAAUGGGCUGCAGAGUAAUCCAGCGACUCGGUGAGCGUUUUGCUUAAAAUACAUGACACAACCGGUUCAGUGUUUUGGUACAGUACCUUACCUACCAGUACGGUGUAAACCCUUCUAUUCCAGAUCUGGUUUGCUUCGUUUGCUAAGCUUGCUUGUCUUGCACUUUUGGGCCCGCUGUCCAAAACUCCCGAGGCCAAACAACCUUUCGCAGUUAUCUUAGAACUCUUUACGCCUCCCAAAACUUAGCCCUGUCGAUGAUAUAAAAGAGCCCGUUUAUCUGGAGGGAAUUCUAUUGUCCAGAAAAUGCUGUUAUCUGCUGCAAGACGGCGCAUUGGCGUCCCACAACUGCCUGGCGCUCGUCGCCGAGCUCUUCCUCAUCGUCGCAGCUUGAUCCCCGCCCCGCGCUCCAAUUCGGGCCCUCUCAUGGAGCGUCGAUCAGACCGAGAAUUGCCGUCUGUCAACAGCGAGAGCCGCUGGCUCCGCACAUUGCCACUCUUCGCUGUUGUUGUGGGCGCGGCUAUGCUGGGUAUAUUCAACUACCAGAAGUCAUCUUCAAGCGUGGUCAGCAGCACACUGUAUGCUCUGAGGACUUCGCCGAGAGCCCGUGAGAUUCUAGGGGAUGAGAUCUACUUCGCCCAGAAAAUCCCAUGGAUCAGUGGUGAAAUGAAUCAGCUACAUGGCCGCAUCGACAUCUCAUUUUGGGUCAAGGGAACUAAAGGGCAAGGCAAGAUGAGGUUCCGGAGUAUUAGACUCAACCGCAUGAGUUAUUUCUGCACAGAAGAAUGGAGCCUGGAAACAGAAGACGGAACAGUGGUGCAACUCCUCGACAGUGAUAGCGACCCGUUUCGGCAAAGCAACUAGGGAAACAAUGCUGAAAUUGUGACGGCGUACAUUGUAUUUUAUAUGUGGUGCACAGUGUCUGGGAAUCUGUAUUUGUAAAUAUUUUGAGAUCCAUGUGCAUUAUGCUAGGGCGUUCGGUCAUUGGAGGGCUUCUUUGUUCUUUCCCUCGCCACUCUUUCAGACUUUGACAUCGAGGUUCAUAGCACGACAGCAACGAUAUGAAAGCAGCAGGUUUGAGUGGAUGAAAGAGAUCUGAUCUGAUAUGGAUAUCAUUUACAUGUCAAAUAAAAAUGUCGCUCUAUGGAGGCAAAAUAGUAUGGUGUUAUAGUACAUCUCACGGGAUGGAAAAACGGUGAGGGAGAUCUGAAAAUGGGCGGAGGGAAAAUGCUUUCGAAUC